UUUCGAAUUGGAUGGAAAUAAAAUGUGAACAACUAGAGGAUACGAAAAUAUUUAGUACAGAAUUAAAAAAAAAAAUCAACAUAAUAACAUUGAUUGUAUACAAAAGUAUAAUGUUAUUGUUAACUAAUUAUAAAUAAACAAAAGAAUACAAUAUAAUAAAGGAAAUUGUAAAUAACUUAAAUUUAACAAGAGCAACAAAAAAAUUAUUGUAAAUUUCUGUAAUACAGCCUACAAUAAAUUUAAACAAAAGAUUAAUGCAGCGUCAAUGUUUAAGUAUUGGUUUUGAAAAAAGUAAAACAAAAAUAUUUAAGAUUGUGUCGGCAAAUGAUUGAGUGUUCAAAGUUGAGCAAUACUAUCACACAAACUCAAAAGAGAAAUAAGAACCGAUAAAGAGAGCAAUUAAAUGAGUGAGUUUUAAGGAAAUUAAAUGAUCAGAAGAGCGAGAGAGUGAGAAACUCUGAUCUUGAGUUUUGUAUUGCAUGACGAUGACGUAUUUAAUAGAUAUUUUGUGUGGUUUGUUUUAAAACAUUACAGAUGUUAUUUAGCCAGUUAGUCAGUGGAACAGCAGCAGUUAUUUCUAGUUAAUAACCAAGUUAAAAACAGCAUGGCCAAAAUAUCCAUAAAAUGGUUAAUCUAUACAUUUUGCAUAUUACUACAUCAGCAGACUGCCACAAUUGGAGCAAAUUUACAAGAGGAAAAUCAUAUUGAUGAGGAUGUAGUUUGGGUGAAUAAAUGUUGUGAAAAAUUCGAAAUACGUAUAGAUUCGGUAUGCAGCCAGGUGAAUGAAAGUGAAUACUUUCAACCCAUGUUUACCAGCUACAAUGGGGAACAUAAUAUGCCGGUAAAAUUCAAAUUUGUUAUUGGUUUACCCGCUUGUGGCUCAAUGCAAACUUGGCCCAUUUAUCAUUAUCAAGGGAGUGCCGAUAAACUGGUUUUAUUAGAUGAUGGUAAAUUGCGCCACUAUACCAAUACCGCCGACGAAGCCUCGGAUCCUUCUAUGAAUGACUAUGGCGACGAAGAGUUGGCUGAAGAAUCUAAACCUUAUUUUUAUGAUUAUGGACGUGAUCAAUAUUGUAUAGAUAGAGCCAUUUCUACGAACGGUGAUCAACGACAAGUGUUAUUUGCUAAUAUUUGUUUAGCUAAAAAAGAAAUCAAAUGGACCGACUCAAGUUUUUUGAUGCGUAAAAUCUUAAAUCCCAUUUUUCAUGUUAUAGCGCUGGUAGUAUUGCUGAUUAUAGCGAUAGUUUAUUUUAUAUUGCCGACUUUGAGAGAUCUAGUGGGCAAUAUAAUCACCACAAUUGCCGUUUGCCUGAUGGUAGCCCAGGUGGCCGAUCUAGUGCGCAUUUUUACGGAAUUUACCAAUCAUGUUUCAUUUAUAGUGGCCGAUAUUAUUCUAUACUUCAGCAUAUUGGCAGCCUUCUUCUGGCUUAAUAGUUUUGGCUAUUACAUCUGGAAAACAUUUCGUUCGCGUAAUGUUUUUCUCAGAGUAACAGAUGCUAGGAAAUAUUGUUAUUAUUCAGUAUAUGCUUGGGGUUCUACGGCGUUUAUGGCGGGCAUGGCAGUAUUUGCACAUUUCUUUUUAGAUGCUGACACCUAUAAAAAACAAAAUGUGGUGGCCGAACAAGAAACCAUGGGUUGGUUGGGUAUAGCUAUAUUCUUUGCUCCCAUAGCCUGUACUAUAUUGGUGGAUAUAUUUUUCUAUGUAACCACAUUGAAGUUAAUAAACCGGCGUAAUGUUUACGGACGCAUACAGCAUAAAUUAAAGGCCAAUUUCAUUAUGUUUUCGUUAAUGCUUUUGAUUAUGUCUAUCAGCUGGCUGUUUUUAUGUUUAUCUUGGUUAAAAUUCGAAGGUCUUUUAUAUGCCCACAUUAUUGUUAAUGCCAUACAAUCUCCCCUACUGCUGUACAUUUGUGUUUUGCGACAGAAACAUGUUACGUUUCUGCUCAAAAAAUCUUGCUGUUAUAAUGAGCCGCCUUCAACAAAUGAUUGGGGCGAUGAAAUGCAUUAUAUGAACUGCAAUGAUUAUUAGUUUUUAGGACAAAAGUAUGAACUGAUUUUUUUUAUUUUAUUUUACACUUUGAAUUUAUAUUGAAAAUAUAAUGGCAACUAAACGUUAGUAUUAAGUUUUACAAAAGAAGUACAACUCGUAAAAUAAUUCCAAUGCUCGCGCUGCUCUCUAUUUAGGUUUUCUUUAUGAUUUUUAUAAAUUUUCUUAUUUUUUAUAUUUAGCAAAUAUUUUAUAUUUAAAGGGAUAUUUUAACUGACUCACCUAAAUAUUAGGCAUUUAUUGUAUUAAAACAAAUUUAUCGAAUAAUUUAUACAUUGAAUGUAUGAAAAUGUAAUUUUAAUUGAAGUCAAGAUGAUAAUAAAAUAAAGUGUACUUAAUUGAUGUUAAGGUUUUAACAAAAGAACAA